AUGCCAAAGACAUCGGUAUGGAAAACCCGCGUGGGUAGUCAAAUCUUGAUGGGAAAAGUAACAGAUAUUACUCAAAUUGGAAUUGAUCGAAUUCCAUGUGCGCAUGUGAGUUGAAUUUAAAAAAUUAACUGUUAAAAAAUGGUUUUUAUGUUUAAUUUUUAAGGUUCGUUGUCAAAUGAAUGAAUUCAAUAUUUAUCUCAAAAAAUAUUUUGCACGGUCUUUUGAUUUCUGGGCACUUGACCGUAAUUCUGUUGGAAAUAUUGGCGAUACCAUUUUAAUUAAAAGAAUUGAGGGAGAACGACCGAAGGCGAAUGUUUCGCACACUGUAGAUCGUGUAGUUUUCAAGUUCGGAAAUGUUGUCGAUCCAGUUACGGGAAGAAAAAUCUUCAAUGAUACUUUUGCUGAUGAAGUUGAUCUCAAAAAACUGUUAGUCGAAGAAAUUGUUGAUAAACCAAUGGAACAAGAUUCGCUGCUUUUUGAAGAACGAAGAGCACUUCAAAUUAAAACUUUGGAAAAUGAAAAAUCUAAUGUAUAA